AUGAUCUCCUUCAAGUAUCUGACGAUGCUGGUGCUCGGCGCCGCACUCACCACUGCGAGCCCCGCCAUCAAUACUGCCCGCGCCUCAUCCGAUGCGGCUGCGCCCUACUUCGCGUACGGCACCGGCGUCAAUGGCCUACCCUUGUGGUAUGGCGAUGGCGUGGCAUAUCUCGGCAAAUUUCAUCCGUCCAAUGUCACCAACUCUGCCAAUGUGACCCUCACUUUAUCGGACAAGAGCAUCAAGACGGUCGUAAACAAGACCAACAGUGCCGAUCCCGAUGUCGGCUCGUCGUUGCUUUACAUCAACACCGUCAGCGGCGCCUUCUCCGAGGUUGGCUUUACCAACGACAGCAGCACUGACGAGCACACCACGACCGGCUUCGGUCUCUUGGGCACCAUGCUCGUCUGGGAGAACUCUAAGGGUGAUCUGGACUCCAGCUGGUAUGCCGAGCCGGUCACUGAAGACCAGACUGUUUAUAAGCUUCUGUGGAACACGGACCUCGUCAGCUCUGAUACUGCUGUUGCUGUUGUGCUGAAGAAGACGCCACCACCUUCUUAA